UCAGAGAGCAGAAACACAAGAGAGAGUGAGAUUCAAAGAGCUCCAGUUUUUCGCACAAAAUCGCUGAGCAAAUCAAAAGAGUGGUUGUUUUAUCCUGGAGGUUACCGGCUGAUAGUCUGCCGUGCGAAUAACGAGGCAGUGCCGCGAACGUCUUAAAGAGAGCGACCUAGUCCGCGACUCAGCCAGAUCGGUAACCCUAGAUUUUUCUGUUCGAUUUCUAACAAUUUUAAGAUGUUCGGUUGUUGUCCUGGGUAACGAACAUGAUAUCGAUUAUGGCUUGAUCGAGGACAAGACACGAAUAAUUAUGUGCCCACCGUCUAACGAACCCCUAUCCGGCCGUCCACAUCGUCGGGGCCAAUCGCGGAGCUCAAAUCCAAUUCUAAUGAGGAACUGGUUCAAUCCGGAUCCGGCCAGCAGUGAUCCUUCUCCAUUCGGUUGUGGGUUGGAUGGUGAGGGACGUAUCGCAAGUUCGCAACUGCGAUCACCGCGUUGAUUGGUAAGCAAAGCCGAGCAAAUAAGCAGCACCGAAAGGAAGCUCCGCCGCUGUCGGAGAUGGCUAUCCGAGAGGUUUACGAGGAGAAACUACGUUACGGGAAUCUGCAUCACGAUCCCACCAUCAACCCUAGCCUCGGCACCCCACGCUGCCCUCGCUGCCUCUCCCUCCUUGACGCCGAUUCCGAUAAAGGCGAAUGGACCAUCACCUCCGUUUUGCACGACGCCACCGCCGUGGCUGGGUCUGGCAUUGGUGCGAUGCUUAGUGCAAUGCAUGGUCUUAAUACAGAGACUCCAUUCAUCCAGAAUCGUUUGAAGGGGCUCAAGUGGCGUCCAUUAGUAGUUGGGCCGCCAAAAGUUGAAUGAAAUGAACAAGAAGCAGAGAAGAGAUUCGGCUCUUCUCUCCACCUGCUUGCUACCAUUGGAGCGCCGACACAAACCUAAAGAGAAUUCCCAGCCAGUUAGAGUUUGCGACCGGUGCCCGGGUAUGAAGAAGUUGCGUCUCGUUGUCGCAGAUAGAAAAAAAGGUGUCACAGCUGUUGUUUGUUGGUCAAAGAAUUUUGGUGUUCCACAGCUGCUGCCUAUUCCAAGCGAAAUUUCGCUAUUGGUCUUCGCACCAAUAAUUAGGCAAAAGCAGCCACGACACCUAAUUAAAGAGCUUGGGAAUGAAACUGCAAGAAGCGUAGCAGGCGGCUUGGAGCGGAGUCUCACUCAGUAAGUUGGGGACAUCCUGCUUGCCAAUCUCGGAGGGAAAAGCUUCGUUUAGUCGUAUCGAAGUUCCUAGCGAGGCUGGAAUGAAACGAAUUAGACGUUGAACUAGAAGAAAAGAAUGGAAUGCCUACUCGAGGAAGAGGUAAGAGCUGAAACCUUCUUUUUGAAUCACUAAUGAAUGACAAACUAGAGCUAUGUCAUGCGAUACUAUGCAUGGAAUUGUGGACACACGUGAAUGCUAAUGCUAGACAUGAAAACUAGAAUGGAUGUGUGCAUGAUAAUGGUUAACAUUGAGAUGUGCUAUGCUCAAUGAUUAGAGUGCAACGUUGUAUACAUGGUCUAAAGAGUAAUUUUGAUUAUAUGAAUGUAUACUCUGAAGCAUAUAUUAUGUAGUAAAUAUGCUAAUGGAAUGGGUUAUAUGCCCAUAUUUAUUAGAAGUACUGCUUGUCAGUACUAUGAGAAUCAUCAUAGCGAACCGAAUCAGAUCCACACCAAUUAAAAUGGUACCAUUCGUGGUACCUAAAGGAUCAUCGGCCAAUCCUCUAAGAAUGACGCUUUAUUUCUCUGCAAUACUUGCGAGAAAUUAGGUUAUAUGACAUGAAAGUGUAGGAACAAUUAUAACACUGGUUCUAGUGUUAACUUAAUUGAAGAGAAGGAUUGGUGGCUGAAAUGAUUGACAAACGAGCAGAGAUUAACCAUGCUGGUAACUCUGAAGAAUGGUGGCUGAAUACUGGUAUCUCGAAGCAUACUAGGACAUAUGCUAUUAAGAAAGUGUUGUUGAGUAUUGCUCACUCCACUAUUGGUCAUGGUAAUGAGAAUAUGCAUAUGAUGAUAAAGUAAAUGACUCUUAAACAUGUGAUUAGAGAAUUAGAAUCUUUGGAUUUGAUUCAUUUUGAAAUGGGUGAAUGAGAAUAAUGUGAAAUGCUUUAUCACAUUAUUAUUGAUUGCACUAAUUAAAGAUGUGAUGCUUUUGACAUGCUUUUAACGUAAAACAUUAUUUAUGAAAUGACUUUUUCAUAUGGUAUAGUUUGAGAGUCAGUGCAUUAUAGGAUGAGCAUGAAACUGUUUUAUUGAUUGUGCUAUCAAUAAUAGAACACAUAAGCUUGUGAGAUGAAAUACUCAUUGUUGUGUAGAAUCCAUUCAGGUCAUUCCAUUUAAAUCGAGAAAUAGUGGGGGUGAUAUCUUGCCUGCUAUUAGAAAUAAUGGAUAACUAGCGGGGGUGAUGAACCUGGGUAUGAACUCAGAAGAGACAAACGAACCAUAAAUCACGAAAAGAUUUUGGUUAUGAAUUUGUUAUUUACACCCUAAGAAAGAUCCACAAGUCUGCUUGAAGUUUGAACUUCCACAAAUAUGCAGAUUUGUGAGAGAAUCCAUUAUUAACGAAAUGGAAAUGUUGGAGUCUAAUAAGACUUAAAAUCUUGUAGAGUUACCUCUUGGCUGUAAAGCCUUGGGUAAUAUAUCGAUAGAAUCAAACAAGAUUUUAUAUCUUUGAGAAUUACCUCUUGGCAAUAAAGUCAUGGGUAAUAAAUGGAUACUUAAAAGAAAAGUAAAACCUAUUGGUUUAGUUUACGAGUAUAAGGAUCGCCUAAUAGCUAAGGCUUUAGGCAAAAAUGAAAAAUUGUAAAUUUUUUGUUAUCUAUUCACCAUAUAUAGAAUAGCAUCCAUGUAUGUUCUGAUUGCUAGUGUUGUGCGUCAUAUGGAUUGUUAAACCUGUUUCUGUGAAUGGUGAUUUAGAUAGGGAAAUAUACAUUGGACAAUCUUAAAGGUUGUUAUUCUAGAACAUGCGUAUGGAGUCUAUGGUUAGACAAAUCAAUAUAUGAUUUGAAAUAGACUCAGAAUUAGUGUCAUGAACAAUCAGAUUCUCUCUCAUGGUUUUAAAAGUGAAAGUGACAAGUGCAUUUAGUACAAAUUUGAGAAUGACACUUGCAUUAUGAAUGACACGUCGAUCUUUGGUACGAAGACUCGUGAUGUCAAUAUUGAAAAACCAUGAUGGUUGAGAAUUUUGAAUGUGAAGGAUCUGAAUGAAACAAAUGUUAUGCUUAGAGAUCCUAAUAACUAGGAAAAUACAAGAUGUACACCUGCAUAGAUGUUUGAUGAUUCUAGUAUAAAUAUUUAAAGAACACCUAAGACGAUGUAAGAAAGUUAGAAUGCACUAUCAUUUAUAGUUUGCGAGAGGCAGCUGAUAAACAUGAGACCCGAUUUAGUGGGGGUACUUGGCAGACUUAUUGAUGUCCUAGUAUGAAGCAUUGAAAUGCUAUUGAAAGGGGUCAUGAGACACCUUAAGAACAGUAGACCUUGAUAUAAGUUAUCAACGGUUUCUUGCUGUAUUGGUAGGGUAUAUUGAUGCAGACGAGAAUACCCUAUAGAAGACUCCAAGGCAUCCAGUGGACAUGUUUUAAACAUCACUGGAAGAGUUGUGUCUUGGAAUUCCAAGAAGUAAACGAUCCUGGCUCAAUCAACUAAGAAAUCAGAAAUGAUAGAGCUAGCAAUGGCUAGUAAAGAGAAAAGUUGAUUGAGAGGGUCAUUACUAGAGAUUCCCUUAUGGGAAAGACCGAUCCCUCCGGUAGUUGAUUCACUGUGAUAGCACUGCAACUAUUACUAAAGAAGGGAACCGGUUCUAGAACGAAAAGAGACGACAAAUUCGUCGUAAGCACAGUACUGUAAGAGAACUCCUAACGAUAGGAGAAAUGAGGGGGGAUCCUGUAAGGUCCUAACAGAAUCUAGUUGAUCCUUUGACGAAAUGAUUAUCUAGAGAGAAAGUCCAAAAUAUUGCCAAGGGUAUGGGACUUAUGCCUACCAAACCACGGACUACAAGUGAUGUUAACCCAACCCAAUAGACUGGAGAUCCCAUGAAAUGGGUUCAAUGGGUAAUAACAACUCAUAAGUAGUAUGCGAAAAGCUCAUGCAUAGUGAAGCAUGAAUCCCAAAGAAAUGGAGAUUGAGUUAACAACUCUUAAUGAGAUCUAUACCCUAUGUGGGGUGGAGUACUUUACUUUGGGGGUACUCCUGAUAGACUCACCUAUGUGAAUGUGGGAGUGGGGCCGCUCCCUAUGGAACUUUGGAGGCACAAAGUUGCUAGAGCGUUCCCUAAACGGGGAUAACGUGCAUGGCCAUAAACGCAGGGUCUAUGAGAGAAUAUCACUCAAUGAAAAGAUCUGGUGUGC